UCUAGUAUCACAAGGGCAAGCAGAAGAGACUGCUGAACCUUCGUUUUAGGGUGCUGGAUGUCACAAACGGUAGGGGCGUUUGAACUGGAUGCUUUUUGAAUCAUGAGGACUUUUACAAGGCUAGCCAGCCAUUUUUGCAGCUUCAUGGGCAGGCUGGGGGGAAAGAGGGGAAAAGAUAAGCAAAAGAGUGGAGCGGCAAUAGUUUGACCAGAAGCACGGUCUAGUCCACCGCAGGUCUGCCACCCCACCCUUGGCAAAGUGAGCUCUCGCGUGCUUGCACGUCAACUCACAUAUUUCUGCAUGUGCAGCUAGCUUUUUUCGUACGCUUCGGAAGAAACCGAAGAAGAACAUUUUGCAUUUUGUUACUAUCGCUAAAAAGGAGGAAACGUUGACUAUAGCUUAGGUGUAAAGGGGAAAACAGAUCCUUUAACUGUUACUAUAUAUUCGCUCACGCUCCGUGCGCAUUAACUCAAUUCUAAUGGUAAUCCUACUCAUCUGGGACCCGGCAUCAUAGACCACCCCUAGUGUUCGAUUUUUAAUGUUAGCUUCUCAUUCGGUCCCGGUUUCCUCCGUAAUCCUCCCAUUUUCUAGAGUAAACGAGCAGGGGAGGUUAUGUCUUCUCCCAAUCUUGGCAACUUGCUCCUGGAUGCCACGGGCAACCCUGAUUGCCGCAUUUCAGCAAACAGGGGAAAAAACAUAGCAGUAACGAAAACCCACAAUCAAAUGAUACCGGAGCGCUACAAGCUCGCGGAGAGGGUAGGGAAGGGCCAGGGCAGUCAGCAGUUUAGGAAGCCACGUGAGAUCUGCCCACCACUCCACCCGCUCUCCCUUCGAAGAAGGAAAAGAAGAGAGGGAAGGGAACUUCAAUUCCCGGCUUGCAACUGGGCGGUUGCUGCCGAAGCACUACAACUCCCAGCGUGCAGCGAGACGAGUCGGAGCCACCUCCUUCUCCUCCCGCGGUUCCCCCCUCCCCCCUUCCCGGCUGGGUCCGUGUGCGCCUGCGCAAGAGGGCCGGAGCAGUCUUACCCUAAUGUAAGAUGGUGGCCCGUCCGGCUGUGGAACCCACGGAAAGCCGAGAGUCCCCCUCUCAGCCGUAAAGGUCGGACUUGGAGGAGCCAUCCAGCCCGGUCCCGACGAGGCCUCCCCCGGCAGCCGCUCAGCAGUCGCUUGCGAGGACGCGCCAGCCCGUGGGCUCGGGAGGAGGAGAAAGCGAGGCCCAGAUUAUUGUUCUCUGGCAACAUAUGUGGUCUUCAGAGUGCUCCAUUUUAAUUUUCAGU